GCGCGCACUUGUUCAUUUAAUUGAGCUGAACAAGAACUAUGAACUACUUCAGUAUAGUGUAGGUUGCAUAAAAUAACAGCUAGUCCCACAUACGACAGUUUGGAGCUUCCCCUAAGCGGAGAUUAUUACAGCCACUAUAUUUAAACUUACAUUAAAGCAAUGAAGCAUCCUGACCAUAAAACCCACUCAUUUCUGUGCUCCUUUCACAGCAGCAGCAGCGUUUCUUGCAGGGAACACACCUCAGCCAUGAUGUGGAUGUGGUUUGCUGUCUUCCUGCUGUGGAUGAGGUCAGGACGGUGCACAGACAAAGCCAACACGUCAGACCUAAUUGAAUACACAGCUGCAGACUUUUAUGAGAAAUUGCAUUCUGGGAAGAUGAUGUUCAUCUAUUUUGAGCAUCAAGACAUUCAGUGAUGAAGAACAAGCCACAGAGCUUAUGUAUCAUGCACAAAAUUAGGUGGCACAUGAGGAGAGCUGUCCCAUCACGGUGGCUAUCAGCACCUGAACUGUCACAGAUGUUGUCUUUAUUGUGCCACUCCGACCAUCUCUCUGUUCCUGGUGGAGUUGGAGAAGUCUGCUGAAGCUCUUCAGGACUAUGGAGUACUAGUUGGUAAGGUGAACUGUAACACAGAACUGGUUCACACAUACUGCACAGAUGAGCGGCUGCAGCGCACGGCUUUUUUGUUCAGACAAUUCCACGCCAACUGUAAAUAGUGGUGUUACAGAGUGGAAGCAUUUGGGAACCACAGCAAAGCAGCCACAGAGUGGCAGAGUUACAGAGCGGGGGCCGCUGAGGCCUGAGGCUCAUAGUGCAUAAAAGCUGGCAACUGACUCAAUAACCUCCUCUGGCAUGAACAUCAGCACAAGAACUGUGCAGCGGGAGCUUCGUGGCAUGGGUUUCCAUAGAGGCGGGAAGGAGUUCUUGAGUUUUGAUUUGGACACCAUCUUUGACGUCAACUCCAUAGUCUCUGAAGUCCUGUUCGCCAUUCUGCGUGAUGAGAUCAAGUAUGUCCACACAGACGCUGACCUCCUUGCCAUGGAAAAGGCAGCCAGAGGGAAGAAAGACAUUGUUCUGGGUUACGUCUGCAGUCUGGGAACACAAGAGCACAGAUCGAUCAUGGAGACGGCAUAUGUGUAUGGAUCCAAAUAUCAGUUCAUUCUCAUAACAGGAGGACCUGUGUUGAAGCACCUAGGUGUAAACGAAUCGUCUCAUUUGUCUCGAGUGUGGUUCCUCCACUGCAGAGUUCACAGUGGGUUCACGACCCCGAUGACCUCCGAGCGCUGCCCUUUGACCCGCAUGAGGAAACCCCUGUCCACCCUAAGCCUCCACUCCUUCCUGCAGCUCAUGGAGGCUCCACUAGUGACCGAGGUGUACGACGACCCCUCCUCAGUCCCGCCCCCCCAGUUCCCCUACCAGCAGACGCCCCAGGUCUUCCUCUUCUCUCAUCCCGCAACUGAGCACCUGGACCUGGAUACAGCCACCACGCUGGCCUGGAGGCUGCGUGGCCUUGCCCUGCUUCUGCUUAUACACAGGCAGAGCCCUGCAGUGAAAACCCCCGAUGAGUACAAUGCUGCUUACAGGCUGCCUGAGAAGAGUUUGGAAGUAAAGUAUCUGACCUUGCACAGCCUCGAUGAGGUGUUGGCGCUCUUCACAGAUGAAGAGAAAGAGGAAGAGCAGGAGGAGGACGAGGAUGACGAGGCAGUGGAUGAUGAUGAUGAUGCUGAGGAGGAAGAUUCAUAUUUUGGCAAGCUGGAUGAUGAAAUCGCAGCGUCAGUCUUUGAAAACCGAGUUACCCUGCAGGACAUGGACUCAGUUACCCAGCUGACAUCUGACAACUUCCACAGUGCAGUAGCACAGAGUGGCCUCACAGUGGUGCUCUUCUACCUCAAAUGGGAUGCUGUUUCAAUGGCUUUUCUCAGCUCCUUCAUUGAAGUUGCAGAGAGACUUGCAGAUUCAGAGGUCGACGGUGUUCAGAUGAGUGUGGUCGACUGCGGCGAAUGGACCGACCUCUGUGCCGCUCAGCCAGGCAGCGCCGUUCCCUUCCAGCCAAUCACUGCGUUUCCCAGUGUCUUGCUGCUCCACCCCCAGGAUCCGGUCCAGCACUUCAGAGGAAUGCUGGGUAGCGAGGCCCUACAUCGCUUCAUCAUGAUGAGCCGCACAGCUUCUCCUGUGCUUCUGUCCAGCCUUGAGGAAAUAAAAUCAUUCCUUCAAGAAGCGCCUCACCCUGAGCUAGCUGGCUACAAGCCAGACAGAGUGGUGGGAUUGUUUAAGACGCAAACACAAACAGGUUUAGCAGCGUUUACUGAAGCAGCAAAGUCCCUGAGAGGAGAAGCACUGACUGGACUGCUGACAGAUGAACUGGCAGAGAGAUGGGCUGCAGACCGCACAAUAGACCUUCCCGCAGUGUUGGUGUUUCCAUCUUGGAGGACACACGCUCAUCCCUCUACACUGCCUGCCUCCUCCUCAGCUGAAGAGCUGCUCACACACAUCAACGCUGCACUGCUCCACCCGAUGCCUGAGCUGACUGUUGAAAACUUGCCAUCCUUCCUCUCUCUGGGCAAAGCCCUACUCCUUCUCUUUGUGGGAGAAGAGGAGGAUAAGGUUGGAUGGAGGCAGAACCAGGCCCUGGUGGAGGAGAUGAGAACAGUGGUAGUGCUGGGAGGGGAAAAGAUGGAGCGAUACUUGGCCUGCUGGAUCCAUCUUGGCCGCACUCCAGCUGGUAUGUCUGUCCUGGGGUCAUAUCUAGGCUCUAUGCCCCCUCUUCCUGCACUAGUCCUCACACACUUGCCAUCUAGAGAUGAAAUCUACCAGUACCCACCCAACACCCCCAUAGUGGCCUCCUCUGUCCUGCACUGGCUGCAGAGGGUGGAGGAUGGGACUGAGUCAGCAACAGGUCUGCUGGAUGAGGACAGAUGGCCUCCUGCUGUUCCGUUCUAUGACUUCUUGAAAGUUUUAGACCUGCAGGAUCCCGAAUCCGCCCAGCAGCAAACUCCCAAAGAGGAGGAAGAAGAACCGAGCAGGGAAGAGGCUGACGUAGACGAGCACGUCGUGGCAGAUGACAGUAAUCCUCCCGCUCACUCUGAACUGUAGUAGAAGCAGAUCACAUGGAAACAACACUGCUGGUCAAAUCGGUCACUUUCCUUUUUUAUUGGUAGUAUUCAGUCUGAUUGGAUGAUUUUUGAAUAUUUAAUGAGAGUGGGAUUUUAUGCAGCGAUUAUGUGUUAAAUGAGUCAAGAGACUGAAUUUUAAGGCAGCUUUUAUACAGAUAUAUAUUUGUGUUCUUUUCUAUUUUUUUUUUUCCUCUUAAUGUGACGCGAUGGCUUUUAUACCUUUUCUGGGAUGUUCAUAGAGACUGUUUAAUAUUCCGGUUUCUCGCUGCUGUGGUUCUGUGACUGUAAACUCUGAGGUUUCAUCUGAUGUCAAUAAAUGAUUUCUUAAUUUCAGUUUAGCUCAGCUGGUAAAAACCACAGCAUGUUGUAAACUGCAGAAAAACAAAGAAAAGUUUAAUUAUUGUAUGAACGCAUUCGUUCACAUUCACUGGCCCAUCGUAAUAAAUUUAAAGUGAUUUUAAUUUUAUCUUCAUCACAGAGUUUUCAGUGUGAGCGUGUAUGUCCUUUUUCUGCAGACCAUUGUCAUAACUUUAUAAUUAGAAAUGGUUUAAACCAUUAUUCCAGCUGUCUGAUUGAUAAUGAUCUCACUCUGACUUUAGCUGAGCUCAUCUGUGGUUUAGAAACGGGAAUCUUUCUGA